CACACACAAGCGGACCACACAAACACACACGCACACACAAAGUUUCCACUGUUUUUCAGCCUCCAGAACUUCUGACCAACUGCUGCCUCUGAUGAGUGAGGACAGCAUUCAGGCCAGCAAGAACAUGGUGACCACGGAUACCCACCAAAACCAGGAUCUUCUGGUCCCUUCCCAUGUCCAAGAGCCAGAGGACCAGCUCAAAGAACAGGAGAAACAAGAAAACCAGGAGAAUUCUAUAGCAGGCCUGAUUGGAUUGGACCUAGAGAAAAUGGGCCAGGGCCCCGUCAACGCCAUCACGGUCCUCACUUUGCUGGAUAAACUGGUCAACAUGCUGGACGCCGUGCAGGAAAACCAGCACAAGAUGGAGGGCCAUCAGGUGGAGAUGGAGGGCGUAGUCCGGGGGAUCCAGGCCGACAUGAUCAAACUCUCCAAGAGUCACAGUCACACCUCCAACACCGUCAGCAAACUGCUGGAUAAGAGUCGCAAGCUUUCUGUCACCAUGAAGGAGGUUCGAGAAAGGAUGGAGCAUCAGGGCACGCAGGUUAGAAAGCUGGAGGCCAACCACGCCCAUCUGAUCAACAGAAACAACUUUAAAGUUCUCAUCUUUCAGGAGGAGAACGAGAUCCCCUCCAGUGUCUUUGUGAAGGAUCCUCCGCCGUUCCCUCGUGAUGAAAUUCUGGAAGAAGGGGACGAAUCUGGUGUUGUCGAAGGCAAUCAGCCCUCAGAGGGGGGGCUCCAAACCAUCGAUCUGUCAUCUGAUGAGGAUGUGGGUCUGGAAGCGGAUCUGGACGAGGAGAUGUGGCCUCAAGACCUUGAGAACAUGGAAAAGUCCAGAGCUGAGAAAUUAAAACGCUCCAGUUUGAAGAAGGUUGACAGCCUGAAGAAGGCAUUUUCACGACAGAACAUAGAGAAAAAGAUGACCAAGAUCGGAACAAAAAUUGUUUCUGCCGAACAACGAGAGAAAAUCAAACAAAAAACAGCCAGCCUGAAGGUUUCCCCUGUGACCUUUGGCAUCAAGAAGCCUCGCAGCAACUCUGCCUCACAGCCUCCCGAGGAACAACCUGGCCUGAUUGAAGAGAGCCCUGUCAUGGUGGACGACAUUCAGAUCUCCCCUCUGGGCAGUAAGGAGCACGAGCAGGAGGUCACCUUCUCGGAGAUUCACAAUGAGCUGGCACCGCCGGAGCAGGAGGAGAAGGAGCAAUCCUGUGCGGAGGUCAGUGGAAUAUCUGAAGGGAUUUGUGAGGACUACGCUCUGUCCACCACUCUUCCUCAGGACCAGGAAAACAAGGAGGAGCCUUCAAUGUCACUUCAGGAAUAAGAUAUUGACCACAUCUAAAGCUUGAUUUGAAUAUUAACACCAACACACUAUCUGCUUGAGUUGGCUAGCAGAGGAGAAUCUAGCACACAAACACUGGAGGGGACCUUGUUACAAAUUAUUCAUGUGCCUGUGACUAAAGUAUGUUCUCCCAGAAAUAGAAAGAUUUAGGUUUUUGGACCCCAACACAUUUUACUAGACUUAAUAUGAGCACAUUCCAUAUUUAUCUAUCAAGAAGUUAUUCAUCAACAAAUGUAACGGUGUGUGUUUAUUUCAGCCUCACUGUAUGCUAACUUUUUCAACGGCUUACGUAGCCGCAGGCUCAUUAUGAUCAACCAGUUUGAAAAUACAUAAAAUGAACUGGUUCUGAUGGCUUUGACUAAUGCAGUAAGCAUAACAAUUUUCUUUUAUGUUAAGAAACACCUGGAACCAAAGAAUAUGCCCUGUUAACACUACCUAAUAGACAUCGAUAAAUAAAAGUGGAUCACAUGA